AUAAAUAAACACCCCGCCCAGCUCCUACCUAGCUUUAUCUUUCCGUCUUCUUCUGAUCCUUUUCUCUCUCUCUCUCUCUCUCUCUCUUUCCCUGCAACUCCCUGGGUGAUGUGAUUCUCCACCAAAACCUCCAAAAGAUCAACCCAUCAACCUUUACAAAAGAGAAAGAUCUAAGAGGUAACAGCCAUGGUUUUCUCAUCCGUUCCGGUCUAUCUGGAUCCACCCAACUGGCAACAACAGCACUCGAAUUAUCAGCAACCAGCUCAUGAAGAUGGAAGCGAGAAUCCACAAGUACUCCACCCUCCACCGCGGCCUCCAAUAGUUGGAGGCAGUGGCGGCGGUGGCCCGAUUAGGCCGGGUUCCAUGUCUGAUCGGGCAAAGCUAGCCAAGAUUCCGCAGCCUGAGGCUGCCCUCAAAUGUCCUAGAUGCGAAUCCACAAAUACAAAGUUUUGCUAUUUCAACAACUAUAGCCUCUCCCAACCUCGUCACUUCUGUAAGACCUGUCGGCGCUAUUGGACAAGGGGAGGUGCACUAAGGAGCGUGCCUGUUGGGGGUGGUUGUAGAAGAAACAAAAGAAGUACUAGAUCGAAAUCUCCUGCCACAGCCGAGCGCCAAGCUACAGGGUCUAGUUCCACUAGUACUGUUUCUUCCAAUUGCUGCGCUACUGAUAUGUUAAGCCAUUUGCCCCCUCCACAAGCAUCACAGUCGCCUUUUUUACCUCCUUUUCAUCAUCUUAGUGAUUAUGCUUCUGGGAACCAUUGCUUAAAUUUCGGGGGAUUUCAGCCGCCUGUAGGAGUAGUAGGUGGUAUUGGUGGUGACGUUGAAUUUCAAAUCGGUACUGGUUCCAGUGGGGGUGGGUCUGCUUUAUCAACUGGCCUUGCUCAUGAGCAGUGGAGGCUGCAGCAAGUGCAGCAGUUUCCUUUCUUCGCCAAUUUGGGGACACCGAAUGGGUUAUUUCAAUUUGAGGGUGAGAAUGUUGAUCGGCCAAGCUACGUCGGGGUAGCUGGGCAGCUUCGGUCUAAGCCAUUGGAAUCUGCAGUUACUUGUGUUAGUGAUCAGCUUGCUACCGUGAAAAUGGAAGACAACCAAAGGUUGAGUUUGUCAAGAAAUCUUUCGGGUACUGCUGGAAAUGAUCAUCAUUACUGGGGAGGUGGAAGUGCAUGGACUGAUCUUUCUGGUUUCACCUCUUCUUCCACCAGCCAUAUGUUGUGAUUUUGAUCUCUAAACCCGACGCAUGCAAUCUCUGCCCUUGUUUUUCUCUUUCGGUUGAAUUAAUUACUACAGGUUCCCAUUAAAGAGAAAUGAUCGUCUUAGCGUUUCAUUCAACAACCCUAACUUGCAAGUUCCAACACAAAGAAUCUAAGAAAUUGAAAUGUGAAGGCCGGAACAAUUCCUUGGUAAUCAGCUGAUCAAACAACCUGGAAAUGGUAGGCAUCUCGUCUGAAAUUUUCUUUGCGGUUGUGUAUUUUUCUUUUUUUCUUUUUUUGAUCUUUUUUUGAUUGUAUUGAUCUAUGCGUAACCGAAGUAGGCCGAGCAUGUGUUUGUUGAGUUUGGUAUCGGAUAGGAAGGCUAAAAUGCCAUAAAUUGAUCGAUACUGUAUAUUAAGUAAUUUCCCGGAAAUGAUAUGUGAUAAUGUACUGUCU